UGCUCUGUCCAGCCAAUGAAAUGCGUCUGGAUUCAACAGGAGUUAUUUUGAGCCCUGGGUAUCCUGACAGCUACCCAAACCUUCAGAUGUGUGCAUGGACCAUUACUGUGGAAAAGGGUUAUAAUAUCAGCAUGUUCUUUGAAUUCUUCCAGACAGAAAAGGAAUUUGAUAUACUUGAGGUGUUUGAUGGACCAAAUAGUCAUAGCCCAUUGCUCAUUUCUCUCAGUGGGGACUAUUCAUCUUCUCUAAAUAUAACCAGCAAUGGCCAUGAAGUAUUUCUCCGAUGGUCAGCAGAUCAUGGCACCAAUAAAAGAGGUUUUAGAAUAAGAUAUAUAGCUCUCUACUGCAGCACUCCAGAGUCCCCUCCACAUGGUUUCAUUGUCAGUCAGACAGGUGGACAGCUCAACAGUAUGGUUCGCUGGGCUUGCGAUCGAGGUUUUCGGCUCAUUGGGAAAAGUACUGCUGUAUGCAGGAAGUCUCCAUAUGGUUAUUACUCAUGGGAUGUUCCAGUCCCAGCUUGUCAAGUUGUUACAUGUCCAAGCAUCAAUUCUUUUACACUGGAACAUGGAAGAUGGAAAAUAGUUAAUGGUUCACAUUAUGAGUACAAAACUAAAGUAGUUUUCAGCUGUGAUCCAGGGUAUUAUGGUUUGGGACCAGCAUCUAUUGAGUGUCUUGCUAAUGGCACCUGGAGUUGGAGAAAUGAGCGUCCUUACUGCCAAAUUAUUUCUUGUGGAGAACUUCCCACACCUCCAAAUGGGAAUAAGAUUGGAACUCAAAUCACAUACGGAUCUACAGCUAUAUUUACUUGUGACUCAGGAUACAUACUAGUUGGCUCUGCCGUGAGGGAAUGUCUGUCUUCUGGACUCUGGAGCGGAAUUGAGACCAGAUGUUUAGCUGGUCACUGUGGAAUUCCAGACCUUAUAGUCAAUGGUCAAGUAAUUGGAGAAAAUUAUGGAUAUAGAGACACAGUUGUAUACCAGUGUAGUCCUGGUUUUCGUUUGAUUGGUUCUUCUGUACGAAUAUGUCAACAAGAUCACAACUGGUCUGGUCAGCUUCCUUCCUGUGUGCCCGUUAGUUGUGGUCACCCUGGAAGUCCUAUUUAUGGAAGAACAAGUGGAAAUGGUUUCAACUUCAAUGAUGUUGUGACAUUCUCAUGUAAUACUGGGUAUGUUAUGCAAGGACCAACCAAAGCACAAUGUCAGGCGAAUAGGCAGUGGAGCCACCCUCCUCCAAUCUGCAAAGUGGUCAAUUGUUCUGAUCCUGGAAUUCCUGCAAAUUCUAUAAGAGAAAGUAAAAUCGAACAUGGAAAUUUCACAUAUGGCACAGUGGUAUUUUAUGACUGUAAUCCUGGAUAUUUUUUAUUUGGCUCUUCUGUUUUAAUUUGUCAGCCAAAUGGCCACUGGGACAAACCUCUUCCUGAAUGCAUUAUGAUUGACUGUGGCCAUCCUGGCGUUCCUCCUAACGCGCUCCUGUCUGGAGAUAAAUAUACGUUUGGGUCUACUGUUCAUUAUACCUGCACAGGUAGACGAUCACUGUUAGGACAGCCAUCUCGUACAUGUCAGUUAAAUGGACACUGGAGUGGAUCUCUUCCUCAUUGCUCAG